ACUAGCUGACAUAUUGACAUUUUGUAGCCUCGCCCCUUUAACCUUUGAACUGCACAGCCCCUGGUCCCUUGCCUGGGAAGCCCUUUCCUUCCCUCUCUCUCUCGGUUUCCGGAUUUCAGGAGCGUGCACAUCGUUUCGGGUCUCUUUUAGACUUAAAAAUGCGUUACGUGGCCGCUUACCUACUUGCUACCCUUGGAGGUAACACCAGCCCCUCCGCCAAGGAUAUUAAAAAAAUAAUUUCCAGUGUUGGGAUUGAGGCAGAUGAGGAACGUAUCAGUAAGUUGAUCAGUGAACUCGGUGACAAGAACAUCGAAGAUGUAGUCAACUCUGGUCUUUCCAAACUGUCCUCAGUACCAAGUGGAGGUGCUGUGGCUGCAGCUCCUGCAUCUGCUCCAGCUGCCGGAGGAGCUGCUGCAACAGCUGAAAAGAAAGAAGAAGUAAAGGAAGAAUCUGAAGAGUCUGAUGAAGAUAUGGGAUUUGGUCUCUUUGAUUAAUUCCUCUUUCUUAAAUAAAAUGCAAUCUUGUAUAAA